AUGUCCACUCGUCAAGAUGGACUUGGAAAAGCUGCUAUUGAAGGUACUUUUGAGGUUGACCAAGCUGUUGUGAAAGCACUUCCUAUACCUGGUACUGAGGUCAUUUCCUGCCAUGCUUACGGCAUGUGGGUCUGGGCUCGCCAGGCACGUUUGACUUGCCGCCUACCUUCCGGCGAGGUAGUAGUCUACUUUUUAAAGGUGACUACAGGCGAAAGUGAUCGUCUUAUGGCGGAGGGCCAAUAUGAGUCCGACAAGGCAGUCUACGAAGUAAUUCACUCCUUCUGCCCCAAGCCAUAUGCCUGGGGUAAAUACGAAGCUCCAGGACCGGCAAACUAUUUCCUUCUGGCUGAAUUCCGCCACAUUGGCCAACAGCCACCAGAACCAACGCGCUUUACGCAGCGUCUAGCAGAAUUACAUAAGAGAUCAGUCUCACCAACAGGCAAAUUCGGCUUUCACGUCACCACGUGUCACGGCAAAGCGGCCCAGCUCACAGACUGCUGGGAAGACUCGUGGGAAGUUCUUUUCCACAAACAGCUGGAACAUGUCUUUGAGAUGGAUAAGGCGAAGCAACCUUCCUGGCCGGAGUAUGAAUACUGUGCACAGCUUAUCCUUGAUAAGUGCAUCCCAAGGCUUCUAGGUCCGCUACAAAGCAAGGGGAGAUCGAUUAAACCUUGCUUGGUUCAUGGGAAUAUCUGGGAUGGGAAUACAGCGACGGAUCUACGGAAUGGGGAGCCCUUCGUUUUCGAUGGAACAGCGUUUUAUGCGCACAAUGAGUUUGAGCUCGGAAAUUGGAGGACUCCAAGGCAUCGGUUGAGCAGUAGAACGUAUAUCAGGAGUUACAAGCGACAUUUUCCUGCAAGCGAGCCAGAGGAAGACUGGGAUUCAAGAAACCUGCUGUAUUCGCUCCGAGUCAACAUCACUGCCGCAUGGCUGAUCCCGGGCGCCAAUUACCGCGAAAGUUGUUUUGAAGAUAUGAAGGAGCUUUGCAAGCGCAUUUGUCCUGAUGAUCUUGAGGCUUUUAAGGACGCUAGCAAGGGAAAGGAGAAGGGCGAAGAUGAAAGUGAAGAAGGUGAGGAGGAGGAGGAAGAAGAAGAAGAAGAGGAAGAGGAAGAGGAAGAGGAAGUAUGA